AUGUCUUCCUCAGAGGCCAUUGUUUUCAAAGAUUCUGAUACUGUCCUUAUGAAGUCCAUGGACUCUGCAUUUGAAAUACCUAGACCCAUCCUUAACCUUGCUAAGGCUCAUAUUCAGGUCCCACUCACCCUUCUUACCAGAGCAUCGCUUUGGAAGAUCCAUGCAGAUCCUUCCAUCAUCAAGAUGAUGAAAGGACUCGUUUUGGACAACCUGGAGUUGAGCGUUAUGGAUGUGUCUGCUGGUUUCCUGGCUGAGACAACCUUGACAGGGGACAAGUUCUAUGAGGCUUACAGGAACUUCCUGAAAAUCCUAAAACUUAUAGCAGAUGACGCGACUGUCAAAUGUUUCAAGGACCACCGUGAUUUUUGUUUGUUGCAUGACAAGUUCACUGACGACUUCACUUCUGUGUUAAACUUCGAUAUCAAAACCAGAAGGAAGUUCUUCAACAACCAGACCUUCCACCAUCCAGAUGCAUACUUACAGCGCUGGAACAAGGUCAAAAUCAACACAUCUUUGCACCCCAGUGGAGCACUGUCACAAGUUCCAAAUACAAAUCAUUAUUCAUUCUUGAACACUCGUAAGACAUCCAAUAAGUACUCAGAACUAGCGCCUGUAGAAGUGCCCACUUCAGCAUCUGUACCAAUAUCCUUUACAAACCGUAACCCGAAUCCCUUCAUUCCAUUAGUGCCCAUUACCACUAUCUCUGAAAUUCCUGAGUAUGAUUUCCUGUCACAAGCUAUCAAGUCAUGUGACAUCACUAGAACCUUCCAGAACCUUUCUGCAGCAGCCACAUGUUUUAUGACAUCAUAG